UGACAUUUGAUUGCUGAAUCGUAAAGACGCAUAUUAGUCUACUGAAUCUUUACCGUCAAGAUGAAGUCGAAAUUGCCGUGUUGUGAAAUUAAUAAAAAGUGUGAAUGGAUAAAUAAAACGCUGGAAUGUGAUCACUGCGAAUGCGUUUUUGAGAAAAAGGAGCAAUUAGAUGACCACAAUCGCGAAAUCCACGAAGUACAGUUCACAGGCAAACGAAAAUUGAAUUGUUGUGAGUGGAACGAGAAGAAAAGACAGAAAUCUCAUCAUCACUCAUGCUAUUAUUGCGAAUGUACGUUCCAAAAGAAAAAUGAGCUAAAUGGUCAUAUGGAUUCCGUUCAUAAAUGUCGAACAUGUCGCCAAAUUUUGUUAACUGAGGAUAUCCGAGCCCAACAUAAAAUAAAACACGAGGAAGAGCAGCGAAAACGCAAGGAAUUGCUGAAUUUACAAAAGCAAAGAGACGACGAUCUUGUACUCAAUUAUGUGAAAACCAACAAACUUGAUGAAUACAAAACUGAACCAGAUUAUGAGCCAAAUUUCUAUCACAUUGUUAAUCACUUUGACCUUGAAAAAGAACAAUUAUUGACAUUGGUGAAGAAAUUCGAUGUUGAAGAUAUCCUUUGCUUUCGCGGCGGUUGUGACACUUUUACAAGCGAAGAAAUUAUCUACUUAUUGGAAAACGAUGCGGUGAGCGUUGAAAACGUUGCCGAUUUUCUAAAUGGUAUGACAUGGAGCCUUGGUGACGAUGAAGUUGUGUCUGAGCUUGUUGAGUAUUUUUUGGAUAAAGAAAUCAACAUAAAACGAGAAUGGGUCGCAAAAGUGAUCAACGACGAUGCACUGAUUGAACGCAUAAAGAAAAAAUACACAUACAGUCAUGACGAAAUAUAUGAAGCGCGACAUAGAGAUUCAAUUUUCCCUGAUAACGAUGGAUGGGAUGAAUUCUACGUGCAAGUUCAUAAGCACUUUCCAGAUCCGGAUUUCGAAGAUCCAUUUGCCGAUCCAUACAGUCAUUUCAAAUGCGUUGUGACAGAACAUGUUCAUGAUCACUUACACAACCGUUACUUUUAUGACGAAGAAGAUGAUAAAUUAUCUAUUGUAGUCGGUGGUAACAAUGAACGUGAGAUUUCACUAGGCAGCUGUAAAGGAAUGUUUACAAACAAUUUACAAAGUCUGAUACGAAAAUACAAUAAAGCAACAGAGCAAUACGACAAAGCAAACGAUGAGGUCAGUGAGUUGUUCGAUAAACGUGAAGAGGAACUAAAUGCUAAAUUGACAGAAAAUCAAAAACUGGGUAUUUUGGAUUGUUAUGAUCACGCCAUUUAUAAAGAUGCUUUGCCGGAACGAAAUGAAAUAGCAAAUUGGGUAUCGAAGCUGUAUUUUGUCAUUUCAAUGAAAAAAUCGGAUACUGAAGUACAUGCAACACCGCCAUACUAUGAACCGAAUUCCUCCCUUGCUAUGGAGCCAACAGAAUAAAGUAAAUCACAAAGAAACCUACAACACUAACACUAUUGAAUCCCGAAAUCGUCCAAGCAACGCAACGUGCUGUGUGCAAAUCGAUAAUAAGCUACAUCCAAAGGAAAAGGAUCAAAUGAUUUUAAUAUAACCAAAUCAUUACGAAUUAAUAUCAAAAAUCUUUCCAUUCACUUUUUUCGUCAUACAAACAUUAUUUAAUCAUUAAAAAAAAAAUAAGAAUUAAGUCUUUAUUUAAGUUUUUUCAAAGAUUUGUGAUUUGUACAAAGAAACACAAUAGAAUCAAUGAAAAAUGGUUCUCAACUUAAAAUUAAAUAGAAUAAAUUGAAAAUGGGUGUCCCUGUAAGCAGUUGCCCCAAUAUUUCUGUUCGUUCAAAAAUGUCUUUUUUCGGUGACACAAUUUUUGUUGCAGAUUUUUCGUACCUUGAAAGUUUCGAUAAUUAAAUCCGAGUUGUGACAUUGCUUGAACUUUUAAGAAAAUGGCGACGAUCGACAUCAUAUCGCACCUAUAUAAUGAACUGUUGAAUCAGUUUAUUCUUAUUAAUAUUUCGAUUGUUCUGGUUAAUACAAUAAAGACUAUAAAAACGUAAGACUCUAAUUUCAUGAAAAGAA